UGCGCGUAGUAGAUGCAAAAAGCCUGCCCCGCCGGCUGUACAUUCACGUCGCCGCUAGUCGACAGCCGUUUCGUCCGAAGUCCGAGUUCGGGCUCUGUGAUUGAGUGGGUCAUUCUCAAGCAUCGUCUCGACGGUUGGGCUGGCGUAUAUUUCUGGAAAGUAGCGUAUGUACAUACGAUACUGUAGGAGAGGGGCAGGCUGCGGAGCUUGUGACUGGAAUGUGCGCGUUUGAAUGCGGUGGAGCUGUGACAUCGUGAGGAGUGUGCCAGGUCUGACGAUUCGGUCGUCUUUCGGGGAAGGGAAUUUGCCGGGUUCAGGCACUGAGCCGUCAAUUGAGGAUUUCGGAGCUCGUGAGGUUCGACAUGGUGGUAUAAAUGCGUUCUGCUUUUGUGGUCAUGGGGUGCCCAAAUCGGAUCCAUCUCUUACCCGAGCUGGUCUGCUUCAUCACGGGCUCGCUAUGGGUGUAUAUCGAAGGCUGAAAUCCGCUUAAAAAUUCAAAGAAGGUUUUUGAAUUUGAAAAUCAGUUUUUGGUUGUCCCGAAGAAGCGACUACACAUUUCGUUCAAGAGUGCGAGAUAGUGGGUGUUGGCAAUUCGUCGAAACUAUCAUGAUGACUGAACCACUCAGAAGCAAGAUGGAGAAAGAUGAAAAUGUGGAGCUUAUGGAGGAAAUGCUCAUUCCGGAGUACAUACUAAAUCGAGAGAAGGCCCCGUCGAAUGCAAACCAGAUUACGUGCCCAGAGUCACCUGUUCUAGUUUUCAUAAAUACCAAGAGUGGAGGUCAGUUGGGUUCGCAGAUACUCCCACACUUUCGAGCCCUUUUGAACCCAAAGCAGGUUUUCGAGCUUCCCGCGGACAAUCCUGAAGAAAUUCUGCGAGACUUUUUGAGUCAUCUUGAGAAAUUGAAGAGGCAUGGUGACCCAGUUGCUACUGCGAUUAGAGCGAAACUGCGUAUUGUGGUGGCUGGAGGAGAUGGAACCCACGGCUGGUUGCUUGGAGCUGUCGCUGACUUGAAAUUAAAGGACCUCCCUCCUGUUUCCACUGUACCCCUGGGCACGGGGAAUAAUCUUCCCUUCUCGUUCGGAUGGGGAAAGAAAAAUCCCACACCAACGGUGGAGUCUUGUCGUGAUAUUUUGUUGAAGACUGCCGAUGCAUCACCAAUGCCUGUGGACAGAUGGCACGUGGUCAUACGCAUGUCUAAACCCUUGGAAGACAGCCCCUUGUCGGAGAUGAAGUCAUCAAAAUUGUUGGCGUCGAAUACCUUGAAAACUCACGAAUCGUUUUCCCGUGUCCCAGAAAACACUGAGAGCUAUCAGGAGGGUCAACAUUCUUAUCAAGGAGGUUUCUGGAACUAUAUGAGUAUAGGGAUGGACUCACAAGUAUCUUACGCAUUCCACACAAUGCGAAACAAACAUCCAAAAUAUUUCAAAAAUCAAAUUAUGAAUCAGGGUCUGUAUGCCUUUUUUUCCUGCUGGCAAGGCUGGUUUUGUGCUCCCUGCUGUCAUCCCCGAUCCAAGAAUAUAAACACGCUGGCAAACAUUUUUACAGCCAGAUACGAUGGUCAGUGGGACAAACUCCAUAUAUCAAGGAGAAUAAGAUCCAUUGUGAUAUUAAAUCUUCCAAGCUUUUCCGGAGGUUUUAAUCCGUGGGGUACUCCCAGUGGCGAUAAAGCUAAGGAGAGACAUUUAACUGCCCCUUUUGUAAAUGACGGGCUCAUAGAGAUAGUUGGCUUCACAGAUGGAUGGCAUGGCGCAUCCAUGAUUUUUCCUCGGGCUCACGGUACCAGAAUAGCUCAGGCCCAUAAAGUCAAAAUUGAGUUUCACAAAGGUGGGGAAGACCACACUUAUAUGCGAGUGGACGGAGAGCCUUGGCAACAAGAGCUACCACUUGACACGGAUCCCACAGUCAUGGAGAUCACUCACAAAGGUCAAGCUGUAAUCUUAGCCUCCGGGGACUGUGUUGCAAAAAUCAUUCCAGCGGACGAGUCAGCAAAGAUGAAUUUGCCAAUUUCGCAAGCAACGGUCGCCGAUGAGCAGAAACAACAGGGUUCAGCUUCAAGAAAAUCUCGGCACUCGAAGAAAGUGUAGAAUGAUGUUAAGACAUCCUCGAGAGCAGAUUUCUUGAGUCAAAACUGAGGUCUUGAUAAAGUUGUAACUCGAUUUGGACAGAAAAAAUAGCAAAUGCUAAUGUCUUUUCAACCCUUGCACAUGUUCUCCACAUCUGGAACACUAGGUCAACGAAAAUCAAUUCUGUUCGGUCUAUAGAUACGUAGAGCACAGUGGUCUAGGACGAUAUUUUGUUGGAAACUUAUGAUUUUCUCGUGUAGAGUAUGAGUGAAGGGCUGUAGAGCUUCGUCAUUGCCUCUCACCAUUGUUUUUGUCAUGUAGAUAGGAUCUGGGAUCAGUGAAACACACCUCGCUGUAAAUAUUAUGGUCAAAAUCAACCGUAAAUCUUCUUCACUUUUAGUACUAAUAAGAGGCCUUCUUUUGGGUUUCUAUGAGAGCCUGACAUCAGUGAUCUGUAAGCUUUUUGUGUCUUGCGCGGCGACGAGAGGCUGUAGGAUCUGUAUUUCCUUGUUAUGACCUAUUCCGGUCUAUAAAGAUGACAUUUCGCGG